AUGGCCCGCGCAUGCGAAUUCUGCCGCAAGCGCAAGAUCAAAUGUGACAGCACUAAGCCUACCUGCUCGACGUGUCGUGGUAGUAACAGGCUGUGUGUCUAUCACAAUGGACCACGGAGGCAACGGCCUUCUGCUGCAAGAAUCGACUACCUUGAGGGAGAGAAGUCAGCGCUGGAAGAUGUGUUGGCUCGUCUAAAAGAUGCAGAUGACGUGCAGAGGAGGACUCUGCUUGAGUCUGUGAUUGUUCUCGACGGGCGGGUAUCGGUAUCACCUAGCACAAUACCCACCGACAUGGAGCGACGUGAGAAUGGGAUACCUGAUCCAGAAAUGAGGGAGGAAAACACUACGUACCGCGAGAACAACCCCGACCGCGGUGACGUUUACGACUCGAGGCUGGAAGAUGGUGACCAGAGCGCAAUAUCUCCUAACGAAGGAAAGGAAACCCGCACAAUGGACAAGUCUAUCGCAAAAGAUAGAAGUCCCCAGGCCAGCGAUAGCAUCUUAAGCUCGACUUCUGUGGUUCAGCCCAGCAGAUCGAGUCAACAGUUUGACCCCAAAAAACCACGAGCAUCUACAGAGGCGCUACGAUACCAGCUGUUCGCGAAUGCUGCGAUGGAAAGACAACGCGAACAUCGCCUACGUGGUCUAUCAACUAUAAGGGGAGUACCUGGAGAACUAGUGCUCCAUCUCCUCGAUUUACACUGGAGCCGGCAGCAUCACACCUUCCUGCUAACAUAUCGACCGACCUUCAUGCGGGAGCUAGAAAGCGGCGAGGACAGCGUUUUUUUCGCUCGGUGCGACGAGCUGUUACUGCACGAGGGCUUGAUCACUCAGUCGAGUAUACCCACCGUCAUUGCUUUGGUAAUGCUUGGAUCAACAUUCAUUGCCACAGGCAUGACUUCCAAGGGCUGGUUAUACACCGGCUACGCCAUGCGCAUGAUAUACGAUCUGGGCCUGUAUCUCGAGCCUCAACUCGAAGUUAACAAGUUCAAUAUCGAGGAGAUCGAGAUUCGCCGACGCGUAUUUUGGGGUGCAUUUGUCUGCGAGAAGCUCCAGAGUCUAUACCUUGGGCGGCCACCAACAAUACGACUGCAGGACGUCCGUGUCUCACAGGACCUGCUAGAUACCUUUGAGGAGCUGGAGCCAUGGCAGCCGUAUGAUGACUAUGACGCCCCAGAGGCGCGCAGCACUUCCUCACCACUGCCAUUAGCACACUCCGUGACUGUCUUUCAGCAGCUCUGUCUAUUAUCUCAGGUCAUGACCCAGAUCAUAGACAAAAUUUAUUGCGUCGGGGCUACUGCUUCAACAACCCUCCAUGAGAUCCGCCCUCUUGAAGAUACCCUUACAGCAUGGUACAGCAACCUGCCAGAUCACCUGAUAUACGAGCCCUGGACAAGGGAUCCUCUCGAUCCACCACUCAUGGUCGCGCCAAAUCACAUAGUCCUCCUCACAACGUACCACUCACUCAUCGUUCUGCUCCACCGGCCAUUCAUCACAGUACCCAGCAACAACAAUAACAACGACACCGCCACAACUGGGACACCGGCCUUCUCAUGGAAACGGUGUGCAGCAGCCUCACGACAUAUUACCAGUCUCGCCCUAAGCUAUCAAUCGAUCUACCCGUUGCGCAAAUCCAGCUACCUGCUAGGCUACGCCGUCUAUGUUGCGUGUACUAUCCACGUUCACAACACUGCAUCACUGGCAGCUGGUACCGAUAGAAAAGCCUUUACCGAAUCAUCAAUGUUGCUGAGCGCGAGCUUGAAAUGCUUAGAUGCCUUGGCUGUGCCGAAUUCCGGCGCCGCGGAUACGGCGCGCAGAAUUCGUAGGCUCAUGGCUGCUCAAGGUGUUGAGGAGUCGCCAACAGCCGUGGAACCACAAGGUAUGGCACAUCAUCGACCCUCCGAGAAUGUGUGGCAGUUCUCAAAUGUGUCUCCUACCUACGAUGAUUUUGAACAGAUGCAACCUUUUCAGGAUAUAUUUGAUCCUGUACCAGAUUUGUUGUUCGGGUUUAUGAAUGACAAUAUAGACCUUGCGGCUUUUGAUUUGCACGAGUCCAUUUCCUGA